GGGGCGGUGCCGGGGCCCCCCUCGCGGCCUCCUUUGUGCGGGGUGGCGUGGCGUGGCGUGGCGCGGCUGGGGCGAUGCUGUCCGGGGGAAAGAAGGCCGCGGAGGCGGCGGGGGCUGGCGGCGAGGGCGGGCCCGAGGCGCCGGUGCCUCCGUCCGCUGCCGCGGGAGCGCUGGGCUCCUCCGCCGAGGGCGGCGGCGCGGCGGAGCGCACUCCUCGCAAGAAGGAGCCGCCGCGGGCCUCGCCCCCGGGCGGUCUGUCCGAGCCGCCCGCCGCCGGCGCCGCCCCGGCACCCGGCGCUGAAACCACCGGCAUCGCCGAGACCCCCGAGGGUCGCAGGACCAGCCGCCGCAAGCGGGCCAAAGUGGAGUAUAGAGAAAUGGAUGAAAGUCUUGCAAAUCUAUCAGAAGAUGAGUAUUAUUCUGAAGAAGAGAGAAAUGCUAAAGCUGAGAAAGAGAAAAAGCUGCCACCACCACCUCCACCAGCUCCUGCAGAAGAAGAGAAUGAAAGUGAGCCAGAAGAGCCAUCCGGGCAAGCAGGAGGACUUCAAGACGACAAUUCUGGAGGGUAUGGAGACGGCCAAGCAUCAGGUGUGGAGGGCGCAGCUUUCCAGAGUAGACUUCCACAUGACCGUAUGACAUCUCAAGAAGCUGCCUGCUUCCCUGAUAUAAUCAGUGGGCCACAGCAGACACAGAAGGUGUUUCUGUACAUCAGGAACCGCACCCUUCAGCUCUGGUUGGAUAACCCAAAGAUUCAGUUGACAUUUGAGGCAACUAUCCAACAACUAGAAGCACCUUAUAAUAGUGAUACAGUGCUAGUUCACAGAGUACACAGCUAUCUGGAGCGGCAUGGACUAAUCAACUUUGGUAUCUACAAAAGAGUGAAGCCCCUUCCAACCAAGAAGACUGGAAAGGUGAUCAUUAUUGGUUCUGGAGUCUCGGGGUUGGCAGCAGCUCGCCAGUUGCAGAGUUUCGGGAUGGAUGUCACAGUUCUGGAAGCCAGGGACCGAGUAGGAGGAAGAGUCGCUACCUUUCGCAAAGGGAACUAUGUAGCAGAUCUGGGAGCAAUGGUGGUAACAGGACUUGGAGGAAAUCCUAUGGCUGUAGUCAGCAAACAAGUGAAUAUGGAAUUGGCUAAGAUCAAACAAAAAUGCCCACUUUAUGAAGCAAAUGGACAAGCUGUUCCAAAAGAGAAAGAUGAAAUGGUGGAGCAAGAAUUCAAUCGUCUGUUGGAAGCCACCUCCUAUCUCAGUCAUCAGCUGGAUUUUAAUGUUCUCAAUAAUAAGCCUGUCUCCCUAGGUCAGGCUCUGGAGGUUGUCAUACAAUUGCAGGAGAAACAUGUGAAGGAUGAGCAGAUUGAACACUGGAAAAAAAUUGUGAAAACACAGGAGGAAUUGAAAGAUCUUCUUAACAAGAUGGUGAAUUUAAAAGAGAAGAUUAAAGAACUCCAUCAGCAGUAUAAGGAAGCAUCAGAAGUGAAGCCACCUCGGGAUAUUACAGCAGAGUUCCUUGUGAAAAGUAAACACAGAGAUCUGACUGCGCUUUGCAAGGAGUAUGAUGAAUUGUCAGAAACACAAGGAAAGCUGGAGGAGAAGCUACAAGAACUUGAAGCCAAUCCACCAAGUGAUGUCUAUCUGUCUUCAAGAGACAGGCAAAUACUUGACUGGCAUUUUGCAAACCUAGAAUUUGCUAAUGCUACACCCCUCUCUACACUUUCACUGAAGCAUUGGGACCAGGAUGACGACUUUGAAUUCACAGGCAGUCACUUGACUGUGAGGAAUGGAUAUUCCUGUGUGCCUGUAGCCUUAGCAGAAGGGUUGGAUAUUAAAUUAAACACAGCGGUUCGACAGGUUCGCUAUACAGCUUCAGGCUGUGAAGUGAUAGCUGUAAAUACCCGAUCUACUAGCCAGACUUUCAUUUAUAAAUGUGAUGCUGUGCUAUGUACUCUUCCCUUGGGAGUAUUGAAACAGCAGCCUCCAGCAGUACAGUUUGUGCCGCCUCUUCCUGAGUGGAAAACUUCUGCAGUGCAGCGUAUGGGAUUUGGCAACCUCAACAAGGUUGUGUUGUGUUUUGACCGUGUCUUCUGGGAUCCAAGUGUAAAUUUGUUUGGUCAUGUUGGUAGCACCACCGCAAGCAGAGGAGAACUUUUCCUGUUUUGGAACCUGUACAAAGCACCAAUUUUAUUGGCCUUAGUAGCAGGAGAAGCCGCAGGGAUUAUGGAAAAUAUCAGCGAUGAUGUCAUUGUUGGACGGUGUCUCGCCAUCCUCAAAGGCAUAUUUGGCAGCAGCGCUGUGCCACAGCCCAAAGAGACUGUGGUGUCCCGUUGGCGUGCUGACCCAUGGGCCCGGGGAUCAUAUUCAUAUGUAGCAGCUGGAUCUUCCGGAAAUGACUAUGACUUGAUGGCUCAGCCGAUUACUCCAGGACCAGCCAUUCCAGGUGCUCCUCAACCUAUUCCUCGCCUGUUUUUUGCGGGAGAGCAUACAAUUCGCAACUACCCUGCCACUGUUCAUGGUGCUUUACUGAGUGGACUGAGAGAAGCAGGUCGCAUUGCAGACCAGUUUCUUGGGGCCAUGUAUACUUUGCCUCGCCAGCCUACACCUGGGGUCCCCACACAACAAGCUACCAGCAUAUAAGAGAAGUUAUCAGAAGAGGAGUAACAAUGCCACAGAGCUGCUGUUGUGAUCUACUUCUUGGGAUGAAGGCAUAUUCAUAUAGUCUGUAACAGUAUCUGCUGAAAGGAGGUGGCCAUGAGUUGCUGCAUAAUACUUUGUUAGAAUGGCCUUACAAAAGCUUACCUAACAUUGGGCUUGGCAUCCCUCUACAAAAUCUCUUACAGCUAUUUGAACUGUCAGUGUACACGGAAUCCUUUACUACCAAAUUGCUCAGUGAGUUUUUUUUGACUGCAGAUACUUUUUGAAAGUGAAACUUAUAGCUGGAGUUUUCACGGUUUUUAUUUUACUUAUUUGUGUAUUUACAAUUCAGUAAUUGCAGAAAAGGCCCUUUAGAAGCUGGUUGCUGUGAACAGUAGCUUAGUGUAGAAUUUAUGUAAACAUUUUUGCUUAAUUCGUUCUAAAGAAUAGUAUUUUUGACCAAUUCUAUUCUUACCUGGCAUUUGAGAAUUUGGUGCAACUGUUUCCCUACCAGUAACAGCAAAUUAACAGCAAAUCACACCCCUCCAAGGUGGUCUGUUGGCUGCUACACCAUGCACAUUCGGUUUUAGAAAGAAAGCUGGUAUUAGUAAAAGUGUGCUAAUGAUACUAUUCUAUUAAAUACUUUCAACAAAAGAAAUUAUCUGAACUGGAUAUUUUUAACUUUAAAAACUAGGAAAAUAUUACUCAUAUUUGCUUAUGUAGAAACAGAGUUGCCUAGACAGUAAGCUAGCUGUAGACCUGAUCUCUUGAUUCUUGCAUGCGGCAGUCAGGCACUGUGGGCUGUACCAGCUGUCUUUUUCUUUUCCCUUCGUCCAAAGCCCAGAGAAAAUUGGUUUUUAUUCUACUGGGUUGAUGAGAUGAUGUUGCAGCUGCUAUAACUGUUUCUGAAAAUCAUUUUGGUUUGGUUGCUUUUCCAGAUAUUUUCCUUCUUACUGCAUGCACAGAGACUUCUUUUCAUUGCACAGAGCAGUCUUAUUUAAUCAUUUAGGUCCUUUUUCCCUCUCCUGCUUUCCCUAGUUAACAUUAUGCUUUUACUUCUUCCAACUUUUCUCACCUCCACCUUUCUACUGUUUGUUUCCGUCUCAUCUACCUGUGGUCUUUUUUUCACAGUUUUUUCUCCUUUUCCUUUUUUAAAUUAUUUUUUUGUUCUCUAUAUGACCCUCUGUGUGUGCAUGUCCCAACUUCCAUCUGCCCUUGUGCCUUUCAUUCUGCUAGUGGAUUAGUAUCUGCUCAUGUUCCUGCCCUUCCCUCUGCAAUUACAUUGCCCAUGCUUCUUCCUGAAGAAAAUACAUGCAAACAUCACUGCAGGCCCUAAUUGUUUAUAGCUGUGUUAGUUUUGUUUACAGACUUCCUAUCUUCUAGUAUCAUUGCUUCUACUGUUUUCUUGUGCCUCAUUUCUAGUAGAUCUUUCUUGCUCCUGACUGUCUAUUUUCUUGUGGUGGUUGCUCUCUCAUAUGUUUAAAUCUGUGAGUAGGCAUCUCCGUAGGCAGUCCUUCUGAUACGCAGUGAGAAAGGAGAGGACUCUGUGGCAGGGGGGGUAAUGGAAGAAAUCAACACUAGGCAUCCUUGCUGUCCCUCCAGGAGACAACAUAAACUUUGUGAUGCUUGGUCAAGAAAGCCCCACUGAAGUGGGACAGGAAAUGUCCAGCAGGGCAUGGAGGAGGAGUGUCCAAGGGAAGAUUCAGAGUGCAUAGGUUUAUUUGAGUCUUAAAACUCCCUGCCUUCUGUUUAGGUAAAAGCCUGUCUGCAACACUACCAAGAGAAAUCCUAUCCCAAGAUAAGCUGAUUUAGUCGCUUGGCUAUUCUGACUGAAGAUGGGAAAAGGAUCUGAGGAUUGGGGUGCUGUGUUCAGUAACAAGGGUUUUCAGGUCUCCAUAUUUGUGGGGUGGUUUGCAGGGUUUAGUGAUGCUGCUGUCUCUGGCCAUGAGGACUGUCUUCCAACUUCCUGUAGCACUGUCAAAAACUCAGAAAAGCACUUCUGGCCCACUGGAAACUAAAUAGUCCUCAACUGAACUUAGCCAAACUGUAUUUUCCAGACAACUAUCAAGCCACUUUUACAUCUAAUUACUAAUGUUAUUUUUCAGAGUUUCUGUUCUUCUGCUGUAGGUUCACUUUGACUGAGAUUUAGCAGAUUAUUCAGCUUGCUGAAUUGUCAAACACGCAGUAAUUUGUCUGAGACGUUCAAAUGUAAACAAACUUCCUUUUAUAUGUUGUGGUUACUUUGAGCAGGGCUAAUCUUUGACCCUUGACAAUCAGGCUUUCUUGUCUUCCUUUUUGAAAAAGAUACCUGAAAACCAUGGUAAGCACUGAAAUAAGAAGGUGGAGAUGAAGCCCUGGCAGUUUGCACUCUUUAAAAAGGUUUGUCAGGAUUUGGUGGGUGUUAGCUGAUGAUAACGAUGGGCAUGAGCAAAAAGGAGUGGUAAUGCCAGAGGAAUUCAUUGGAAGAUGAAGAGUGUGAUCUGUGGCCUGGACCCUACCUUUCUGUAGCAUCUCUUGGGACUCUUAAGCCUGAUUCCUCAGCCAGUCCCUGCUGACAAGCCCUACUGGGUAUUAGAGACUGAACAGCUCAGCAUACUUUCAGCUUCUAGGAGUGUUUCAGUCUCUAGACAGACAGAUAAAGCUGUGCAGCCAGUUGCUGGACACCUUAGAGCUCCUGUGUUGCAGCUCCUGCCCUGCAUGGCCCACUUUCUAGUGGUUGAUGGCAUUGGUUGUACCCUAAGUAGAGGGGAACAGUGGUUGGGUACAAAGGUCAAAGACUGCUCCCUGUGUUCUGGUUGCAUCCUGUAGGAUUGCUGGGAUGGAGAGGGGAACUUGGGGGAGAGCACUGUUACCCCUAGGUCAGCUGAAGUUUGUAGACAUGGAAAAGGUAGCCUGGUUAAGGUUCAAUUAACUUAGUGUUGGAGUUCAGCUCUGUCAGAUCGUAUGAGGGAGCUUCCAUUGGUUGUUCACCAGCAGGAUAGUCUCAUGCUCCUUGCUGCACUGCCAGCGUGUGAUUUUCCUUGAGCAGGUACUCACCCAGCAUUUAGCAGUUCUUUCCUUGCUGCAUCCAGGGACAGUGUGUGGUGUGUAGGAGCAUGUUGCUCUGCUCUCUGUGCCAGUCUGUUAGAUGGACCUUUGGUAUGACCCAUAAUGGCUGUUUUGUUAAGCACUGCCUCUGCAGCUUUCCUGUCGCUAUGACCUGCUGAGGAGGAGAAAGCAUUGCAAGUAAAUGGGUCACCAGGUCCUCUUCAUCUCAGCAUCCUUCCUCAUGGUGCAGCCAUUUUUCCACUGCUGCUGUUUGCUUGACCUAACUUCCUGGUAAGGCUCAUCUGAUCUGUUUCAACAGAUUGUGAAUGACCUCUUAGCGCCCGGAAGCCUCAGAUCUACGGCGUCACAAAAACUUGUGAUCAAGGCUGGUUGCACCCUUUGUAGUAUUGUUUCCCAUCUAUUCUCAGGGACCUGUCACUUCUCACUCUACUCCAUGGGUAGGUGAAUUAUAUUUCUGACAAAACUGAUCGGUGUCGCUUUUGGGGGAAAAAAAAAUAGGUCCCUAUCUAGUUGGACCUUCCCUUCUGUACUGAAGAUGUACUGUUGGUGUUCAAGAAGCAUUUGAACAAUGCUCUUAAGGUAUAUGAUUUAACUGUUAGGUUGCCCUGCGUGGAGUCAGGAGUUGGACUUGAUGUUCCUCAUGAGUCUGAUGCUCCUCAUGGGUCCCUUCCAACUGAGGAUAUUCUGUGAUUCUAAGAUGAAUCAGUAAAAAAAACAGUAACCUGCAAUGGAGUUCUGAAUCCUGAGUGAAUGUAUGUGUUCACUAGUCAGGAUUGCGCUUUCUGGAUUGGCAAAUGAGCAGGAAGACUUGCAUUUUUCAGUUCUCUGGAUGUCUGAGUUUUUGUCAGGUAAUAGCAUCUAUUUUGCAAUAAAUUACUGUUAGCUCAGGGUCUUUGUGUUCAGUCUCUGUAUGGAAUUGAAAAUAUUUGCUAUGGUCUUGUCUGUAGAGGAAAUUAAUCGCAAAGCAUGGGUUCUCUCUAUUUUGUUAUCUUAAUCUCUCUGUUUUGUUAUCUUUAAUUGACUGGAUCAUAAACAUAGAAAAACAACUUUA